UGCGGAGCUCCGCCUCCAGCCGUGUUGACGCCAGGACAUCUGAGAGGAGAACGAGUGUUUGAGAGACAGACAGGGAAAAAAAGAAAAAAAAAAACAACUUUAUGUCGGAGAUUUAAAAAAAGGGAAAAGAUUAGGAGAGCGGCUCUACUUUUGUAAAGGCAUUUUCCUGUGACUGCGUGCUCCUAGCGUGGCAUGGAUUAGCCGACCGACUGGACGCACCAGACUGCGAGCUCCAGACCCCUCUCCCUCGUCCCUCUGAGACACAAGCGGCCCCGUACCCUCAGCCGAGCAAAUCCCGGGCACUCGUUUCCCAGAAACGCUCCCCACUCCCGUUCCCAGGCGCGGCUCUGACCCGGCGACAUCCCGCUCUCUCCAGGCCUUCCUGAGCGCAGGCAGCUGCUUCCUGUCUCUGCUUCCUGUCCUUGGUGGUGCAAGGCUAACCCUUCCCUCCCAACCCCCCCCUUCCCCACCCCCCCCCCCCACCCCAGCUCUCUUUCUCUCUCUCUCACACGCUCACACACACACGCACAAACACCCUAACCCACACCCUCACCCCGCCUUCGCUGCUGCCGCCUGCCUGACCGCGCGCCCGGACUCUCUGAGUCCCCCCCCUCCUUCUUCCCGGCGCGACUCAGCGCUAUGACCUCCAUGUCCAGCCUGUUCUCCUUCACCAGCCCGGCCGUCAAGCGGCUGCUGGGCUGGAAGCAGGGCGACGAGGAGGAGAAGUGGGCCGAGAAGGCGGUGGACGCCCUGGUGAAGAAGCUGAAGAAGAAGAAGGGGGCGAUGGAGGACCUGGAGAAGGCCCUGAGCAGCCCCGGUCAGCCCAGCAAGUGCGUGACCAUCCCGCGCUCGCUGGACGGCCGGCUCCAGGUGUCCCACCGCAAGGGCCUGCCGCAUGUCAUCUACUGCCGCGUGUGGCGCUGGCCCGACCUCCAGUCCCACCACGAGCUCAAGCCCCUGGAGGUGUGCGAGUACCCCUUUGGCUCCAAGCAGAAGGAGGUGUGCAUCAACCCCUACCAUUACAAGCGCGUGGAGAGCCCAGUGCUGCCGCCGGUCCUGGUGCCCCGCCACAGCGAGUUCAACCCCCAGCACAGCCUCCUGGUGCAGUUCCGCAACCUGAGCCACAACGAGCCGCACAUGCCCCUGAACGCCACCUUCCCCGAGUCCUUCCAGCAGCACAGCGGCGGGGGGAGCGCCGGCUCCUUCCCCAUCUCCCCCAACUCGCCCUACCCGCCGUCCCCGGCCAGCAGCGGCACCUACCCCAACUCCCCCGCCAGCUCGGGGCCCUCCAGCCCCUUCCAGCUGCCAGCUGACACCCCACCCCCAGCAUACAUGCCCCCCGAUGAGCAGAUGGGACAGGACAGCUCUCAGUCUAUGGAGACGGGGAGCAGCAUGGUACCCCAAAACAUGCCCAGAGGAGUCGAUGUGCAGCCAGUGGAGUACGAGGAGCCCCUCCACUGGUGCUCCAUUGUUUACUACGAGCUCAACAACCGCGUGGGCGAGGCCUACCAUGCCUCCUCUACCAGUGUGCUGAUCGACGGCUUCACCGACCCCUCCAACAACAAGAACCGCUUCUGCCUCGGCCUGCUCUCCAAUGUGAACCGCAACUCCACCAUCGAGAACACCCGCCGCCACAUUGGCAAAGGAGUGCACCUGUACUAUGUGGGCGGGGAGGUGUACGCCGAGUGCCUCAGCGACACCAGCAUCUUUGUCCAGAGCCGCAACUGCAACUACCACCACGGCUUCCACCCCACCACCGUCUGCAAGAUCCCCAGUGGCUGCAGCCUCAAGAUCUUCAACAACCAGGAGUUCGCCCAGCUGCUGGCCCAGUCUGUCAACCACGGCUUUGAGGCCGUUUACGAGCUCACCAAGAUGUGCACCAUCCGCAUGAGUUUCGUCAAGGGCUGGGGCGCUGAAUAUCACCGACAAGAUGUCACUAGCACCCCCUGCUGGAUAGAGGUGCACCUGCAUGGCCCCCUCCAAUGGUUAGAUAAAGUUCUAACACAAAUGGGCUCUCCUCAAAAUCCUAUCUCCUCAGUUUCCUAAUGGUUGCUCCCUGAGGAGUCAGACGCCUCUUUUUUAUUUUUCACUUUCCUUUUUUAAAUUUUACAAUGUUUGAUAAAAAGUGGUCUUUAAGGCUGAACUGUUUACACUACCUGCAGAAAAGGGCAUCUAGCCCUCAAGCAGUCAGAAAGAUGUGUAGAGAAACUCAGUGGCUACGGUCAAAUCUUGUAGCUGAAAACUCAAGUUGUGGCACAGAAAGGAUGAACUACUGCAAAAAGUACAAAAAAAAGAACUUCGGAAACAGCCUGUUGUCAUUUGCUGCAUCUUGUCAGAGUAGGACUCUUAUCAGAGAGCAGUUCACUUUUGUCUUUGUUUUUGCAUAAAUUGCUUUAAAAUAAUGCUUGUAUGAGCGAUUUUUAGUCUCUUUCGGUAGAAUGUUGAGUAGGUGAAAGGAACUGAAAUAGUGUUUUCAUAUGUACCCCACCCUACACCAGUCAUAAUUUUUUUUUUUAAUUCUGUAAGAACCUUUUAUUUGCUAUUUUGUCUAAUACUAGUUAUUUACAACUGAGGUAAAGUUGUAAUUAUACAUUUACUGUUAGACCCAGAAUUCAAUGCAAAGAUGUUCCUUUUUCACACUCCUGUUGCAUUUACACAGAACACUAAGUAAUGGCUUCCUUUAAAUAAAGUCCGUCUUAAACCUUCAUGUUUCUUCUGGGAGAUCCAUUGCUGAAGUGGCUGAAAAUGCAAUUUUUUAUGUUUGCAAGUGCAUUGUUUAAACACUGAUGUAACUAAACCUGAAUGGCAGUAGAUGUAGUUGGUGAUUAGGUUACAUAGAUUGGCUUGUAAUAUGAAAUCAAACACUGACACGGUGGCCAGUAUGUUUUGAUGCGUUUUAUUUUUUGAUUUAUUUUAUUUAAUCCUGUGCAUAGCUCUUUGCCACCACAAUAGUUUUAGUUCUUUUAAUACAGGACAUGAUCCAAGCAUGUCCUUGUCAAAUAUCCUAAAUCCUGAACAGACCCCAUGCAUAACGAAAUUUCCUUCUUUCAUUGUCUAGAUAUAUUGGACUUGACUGAUGGGGAGCCAGCAACAUACAUUAAGUAGGAGACCUAACUUACAACUAUGGAUAAAUCAUCAAAAUGAGCUAGUUUUCUAUUUGCAUUUAUGCCAGUUGAACAAUGUACAGUAGAUCUCAGCCGUCCACCUCAUUUGAGUUCUCUGCCUGGCUUGUCUUGCAGAGGGAGGGAGGGAUAAAGACAUUAGGGUCUUUUAUGCCAUAUACCACAUCAUGGAAGCUAAAAAUAAAUUGGGACCAGUUCAGAACGGUGCGUCCUGUGGCAAAAGAGCCUGCCUUAUUAUAGGUUUAAAUCAUUUGAUCAGUGGUGAACUCUGGACAUCUUGGUUCAGGUAGACAAAUGUAAUAUAUUCUCUGUGAUCUGUGCAAUCGUGCCUCCAGUUGGGAUGCUCAUUCUUUACUACCAUACACCCAACAAAUGUCUAUUACGGAAUAGAAACACUCAAGUAGGCUUGGAGGGAUGGACACAGGAACACUAUUGUGCCAGCACACACAUAUGCACAGCAGUUACUUACACCGUGGUAUGCCACUCUGGCCCUUUGUAAUAUUUGGUGCCGAUGGGCAGGCAGCCAUCUUCUGUGCUUGUUACUUCAUAGUGGCCUGUGUGUGUGAGAGACGGAGAGACAGCCAGACAGACAGAAAAAGGUACAUCAGGAUUCCUUCCUCUGCUAACUUUAGUACUGCCAUGGCAUGCUGGCUGGGCUGUAUUUUAAGGGUCUGAGCUUGCUGUUAUCACACAAGCAAUGUCUGAACACAUGCAUGACUUGCAUGACAGUGGUUAUAGGGUUAUAAAUGGCCUAUGUGAGGGUUUAUUAGCACUUCCAUUUUUGUCAGACAUAUACUGGGAGUAUGUUCACUUGUUGCAUGACUGAUUGCAACAUUUAUGAUCACAUGGUAAGAAAUAAUACUCUAAUUCUUGUCAUGUGGUCAUAAGUCACCAUUGGUAUUAUUGAACUUGGUACGAACAAUGAACGCCAGCCUACAGAGCUUUCCUCAUAUGAACUGACUUAAGCCUAAUCAUAGUUAUAAGAACAGGUCUUUUCAAAACUAAUUAAGGCUGAAUUUUUGUAUUGGUUACUGCAUCAUUGUGCUUUACCCGAAAAUACAUUCUUUUAAUUUCAUAUCAAAUCCAUGUUACACUUGGAAGCUGUGUAUGUCUGACGUGUAAAUUAAAUAAAUUAAAAGUGUUGCUUUAGGCUUAAGUACAAUUUUAAUCAAUUUAAUUAUGAACGUGAUUAAAAAAAUGCAUUUUAGCUGACAAUGUUGACACCAUAAAUCUUAAAGGUUAAACCUAUUUAUUGCUCGCUUGACAACAGUGUGAACAGGUCUUAAAAUGUAACCUGGAUGCCAAGCUGUGAUAAAUAAGCAUCUUUUAAAAGCAUCAUUGCUGAUACUGUGUAGAGAAUGGGCAGCCCAUGAAGUACUCUCAUGCAUGUGGGUCUGUACCGGACCACACGUUCAGCAGCAAGCCUUUUCCAGGCUCAGAGAGGCUUCCCAGUACAAACUGCUUUUCAAACACUGCUGCUGGGGGUAUAGACAUUGGGGGGAAUGGUAGAUUAAUGGGCUUUCUCUCACAGGUAUUGUGCUCGUAAGAGAUGUCGAACAUGACUUUCUGAUUUCAGGAGAAAGGAGAGAAACGUCCGCUUUUAAAAAUCCCACAGAACAAUGAACACUGUUUUUUUGCAGGACAAUGAAAGAUACAAAAUACAACACAAAGAACGAAAGAUGAAUCUUGACCAUUGGAGGUCAGAAAAGCUUGUUUUGUUUCUCUGCAUAAUAAAUGAAUUUCUGCAAACUGAAAGCUUA